AAAUAUAAAAUGGCUCUUGAUACUUAUUUUAAGAGAAGUAUUUAUAAUCGAAACAAGGGAAGCAUACAUAUAAUUAAGCAAUCAACAAACCUCAUACAUAUAAAAUGGCUCUUCUUCUCCAUCGUCGUCGUCUCCACCAAAACCCUAAUUAUACCUCGAUUUUCCCGCCGAAAUGUAUCAAUCAACGAACCUAUCUUUCUCCUCCAGCUUCACCCACCGAUCUCUCCUCGAACGACGAUUCCGCCCCAGAAGACCUCCCAAACCCCUCGAUUUCACCCCUUCAUGCGUCUCCUCAGAUCCCAACUCCUCCGACGAUUCGAUCGAUCUCUCCUCGAAGCUCGUCUCCCUCCUCAAAGCCGUCCCGAACUGGUCAGACGGGAUCAAGGAGAGGCGGAUGCGGCAGAAACGAUCCCUCUACACUCACGAGAACUGGGUCAGACACCGAAGCUCCCUUCGUCAUCUCCGCCACGUGUCAUCCAGCGCGUCUUCUCGCGUCAUACUCUCCUUGAUCCCUCCCGUGUUCUUCUUCACCACCGUCGCCGUCCUCAUCGCGGGUUACAACUCCGCCGUGGGGUUCGAGUUGUUGCCUAGCUUCUUCCCGGUGCUCCGAGCUUCUCCUCUUCCCUAUCAGCUAACCGCUCCGGCGUUAGCUCUGCUUCUUGUGUUUCGCACGGAGGCUUCGUAUUCGAGGUUUGAGCAAGGGAGGAAAGCUUGGGUUAAGAUUAUAACUGGAACCAAUGAUUUAGCUAGGCAGGUUGUUUCUUCCGUUAAUGGUUCCCCCGGUGGUUGAUGAUUAGGAUCCGUCGACGUCUUUCAGUUUGGAGAGAUUGGUCGCGGUGUUUCCUUUGAAUGGGUGCUUGGUGAAUGUUCUCUUGUCUUCACGUUUGAUGGCUUGAUAAUCGGAUGAGAUCUCGAUAGGCGAUGAAACUCUCCGAUGAUGUGCUAAAGCAAUGAAGGAGGAGAUGUUGUAGUCUCUGGUUUUUUUUCAUCCGUUCGGUGGUUCGAUGGGUUCGGUGUGCGGUGGUUACGGUGUAUUCCGGUGAAACACGUGUUCGUUUCGUUUUCUCCGGUGAUGACUCGUAGUUUGAAUCAAGAUGUGGUGACCUAGUGACGCGUGUCCCUUGAUGGCGAGGUCUCAACGCGUGUACGUCCAAGUGAAUUUCCCGAUGCGUGGUAACGUAUGGCGCCGAUCGGAUUUUCUUUUUUGACUGUCCUUGUGUUUUGGGCUUUUUGUUUAAUACGUUUGGGCUUUAUGCUGGGCUUAGAUCCUUAUAGCGUUGUAUCUUUUUGUUGUGAUACUUCUAAGUCAGAUGGCAAAAAAAAAAAGGUUUGCCUU